AAUAUAGAAAAAGAAAAUGAUGUUGAUAUAUCAAAGACAGAUGGCAAAUCAUGUACUCUUUGUGGUGCGACAUUUUCAACAUUGGAGGAGCAGGUUUAUAUAUUACAAAUAUUAUUUCUUUUAAUGUUUUACUUCUUGUAAUUUCCAUGCUAUAUACUGUUACACAUAUAUUAUUUAGUUUUAAUUAUUAAUUAUGCAAGUUGGUUUUGUUAGUUAAUGAAUUCAUCAUUUACUGUAAUUCUAUUUAAUUUCACUAGUAAUCAUAAGUCACAUUAAAUUCAUAUUCUGUUUUGCAUGUUGGAAAAGCAGUGCUGUAAGUAACUUCGUUAAAAGUAACUAAUUACAAGUAAUCGUUACAUUUUUCAGUAACGGUAAUGGUAACUUGUUACAUUUUGAGGGGAAACGACAAAACGCGGACCCCAGGUCCGUGGACUACCUUCGUGGACCUGGUCCGUGGACUACCUUCGUGGACCACUCUCGUGGACCACUCUCAUGGACCACUUGCGAGACACCAGAUUUUUGGGGUUUGAAUUCUUGACUGUGCAUGCAAAAAUGUGCUCGAGUCGAGUUCAGUCAUUAUUAUCAUUGUGGAAACAUUACACAAAAUGUGAAGUUCUAAAUCCAUUCACUACAUGACCGUUCUAAAAUGAGAAUCCCGAAACAUCGAGUUGGAUUCGAGUUCGAAAUAAAUUUAGUUUAAAAUAUAAGUGUGCAAUUACGACUUUAAUGCAAAGUUUCCGAAUAUAGCCCUUAAAAUUGUGAGUUUUUUUUCUCGAUCGCUACAGGAAAUGCAAGAAAAGCAGUAUUCGAGCUUCAAAAAUUAAUAUUUUUGGAAGAGGACCUUCAGACAUUGAAAGGUCAUUGCAACUUACGACUUCUACAGUUCAAGUGAUUUUUUUAACAGUAAAAUUCGAAUAAUUCAGUAAGAUCCUUUGACCACCCCCCCCCCCUCCCUUCCCCUCCAGAUUCUCCACAGUAUUCCUAUAUUUUUUAAUGGAACCCUGACUACAUUUUUUCAGCAUUUUUACAGACUUAGUAUUCACUGUUCAUCAACAAAAACUGAAUUGAUUGUGAAAUAAAUAAUUGAAAUGAAUAAUGAAAUAGUUCCCGCCAAUCUCGGCUCCCUAAACUCGGAAUAAUAGUGCUUGGUCUAUUGUUCGGUAGGCGAAAUUUCGCAAGUGGUCCACGAGAGUGGUCCACGGGAGUGGUCCGUGGUCCACGAGUGUAGUCCAUGGACCAGGUCCACGAAGGCAGUCCAUGGACCUGGGGUCCGCGUUUUGUCGUUUCCCCAUUUUGAGAACAUGUAACUGUAACGGUAACUAGUUACAAAAAAUGCCAUAAAAUUGAAACGAUUACAAGUACAUCAUCUGCACAGGAAUAAUUUAAUCUGACACAACAGAAUUCGUUCAAGACACAAAUUUAAGUCAAGGAUUGACGUCAAAUUUACGUACAGUUGGAACUGAUCGGAAUGCCGUCGCUCGCCUUCACUUGCGCCUUGGCCUCGUCAUAAUUGGUCUUUGGCCUCAUUUCACUUGGCCUUGGCCCAGUCAUGAUCACGUAUUCACGUUUCUGCUUUUUCAUUGCGAAGCCACUAGCCAGUGAGGGAUAUUCAGACUGUAUAAUAGCAGAGUUUUUUUAAUUGACAAUUCUAUUAAAAAAUCGAUUUGGUGGAAUUUUACAGAUGCAUGCAGAUACAUUUAGUAAAUAGUUAUUAAUUUUGCCAAUAAUUUUGCCGCAAGUUUCAUUACCAUUCGGCCCAUUCGAACUGUAUGCGUUCUUAAUUGCAAUCAAUAAAUGUAACUUUGUAACUAUAAGUUACAAAAAAUAUUUUGUAACUUUGUAACUGUAACUAGUUACACUUUGGCGUCUGUAACUUGUACCGGUAACUAGUUAUGUUUUUUGUAAUGUAACUAUAACUGUAACUAGUUACAAAUAAACUGUAACUAUUACAGCACUGUGGAAAAGUUAAUUGAAGAGUGGAGUAUGGAGUAUCAGGGUUCGUAGCGGUCUUUGAAAUCCUUGAAAGUCUUUAAAUUUGAAUGCAGGUCUUUAAGGUCUUUGAAAAGUCUGAUUGCUCUCAAAGGUCUUUGUAAAGUCUUUGAAAAUAGGCCGAAAAAAUCUUUGAAAGUCUUUGAAUUGUUUUGGUCUUGGAGACUACGAACUCUGAGUAUGGAGUCUACUAUAAAAAGUCGUUUUUACCCUAUAGCUAGGUUAUAUGCUAGGGGGCAUGGUGGAAAAUGCGGAUCUGUGACAUCUGUCAAAAAAGAAUAUUUUAAGCUGUAAUUAUAUUUUUAAUUAACUACUGCAUGGAGACACUGUCUUUCUACCAUGCUGACUUAAACCUAGACUAUAAAUUAGUUUUUAAGUAGACACUGUCUUUUCCGACAUAGCUAGUCUACUGUAGUUGAAAACGAAUGUUAAGGUUAAAGAGAUUCUGUGUUUUCCAUUAUACUCUUCUCAACAUGGGCCUGGCAUAGAAAAUGACUUUUUGGUAUUAGACUCUGCACUCAGUGUUUUCCACCAUAUAUAUCUUUAUUUUUUUCAAGCAGGACAGGAAAAAAGAAUUUUAUUCCUGGGAGCAAAACCUGGAGACAUUAAAAAUUUCCUGCAACCCAAUGGAGUAUUUUUGUGCUAAAUCUAAAUUCAAGGAAUAAUGUCUGUCAAUGUACCAUACAGUAUGUUGUUGUGCCCAUGGUGAGACAUGGGUGUUAAGGGAUCCUUCAAACUUUCAAUAGCAAAUUAAAUGAAUUUUCUGCGCACCUGUUUAACAUUUCUUGCAAGCAGUGAGCACUCGCCUAGUUUUUUCCACCCCUGGUUUCAAGAGACCAUAUAUGCCUACUAGCUUGACUGCUAUGUUUAGUAAUAAAAACUAAAUAUGUAAAUGUUAUUGAUGUAGAGAGGUCAUUUCAAACUGGAUUGGCAUAAAUAUAAUAUUAAACAGAGGUUACUACUGAGAGAUCCUGUCAACGAAGAUGUAUUUGAAGAAAUGAUCUCAGGUGAAUGAGGAAAAUAAUUUUUCUAAACGAAUUUCAGUUGUUUAUAUCUUUAAUCAGUUGGAACUAUACAUUUUUCCCAAUUUGCAAGUUCUGUGGUCACCAGAGGUAACUUAUGAGUACAGCUAAUAUUUGGAUGAGUCAAUCCCAUGUAAUAUCAGAUGAGACAAAUUUCGUUGCAACUGACAUAGAGGAUUAGAGCAGUAUUACCUAAAAAAUAUCUGAGCAGGGCUCACAGUUUAUUCAAAAUUUUCAUCCCAUUUCUUUAAUUUUUAUGCCUUAAUUAAGGGAAUAUAAUUAUGUUACCGUAUAUAAUUAUUGCUCUGCAUGUGUACGUAUUGUGUUGCAAGUUGCCCCAAUUUUUGCCUUGUUUAACAUGACUUCAGACGGGCUUCAGUAAGUCUUGGUCGCGCAUUCAGUCAUUUGGUCAACCAUGGAGCACAAACGAUUAUUUUUCAGGUUGAUACGGAGUUUAGAAUAUGUCCAAUGGAAAAAGGCAAUGUGCCUGACAUUUCAGAAUCAAUAUACCCUUCCAGAAAGUAUUUCACUUUGGUUAUAGAGCCUCGUUUUUAUGUUGAGAGGCAGGCUUGGAUUUAACUAAUCUCACAUUCUUUAAGUAUCUUGUUUCAACAUUGAUUGUCAAUAGGACGUCAAUUUGUGCAUAUUCAGCGUGGCUGUGUGAUAAUACAGUCUUCGCAAUGAAUUCUAUACUGUCCCAUAGUUCAUCAGAAAUACAAAGUCAAUUAACGUUACAAUUUUCACAGGAGGCCAAGGCUUAGUUUUAGUAUACACGUAUCAUAACUUGAGAUUCUCCAGUUAUUAAUAUACGGUACUGUAAAUAUAAAAGAUGAAACUUUAAUAACCACUAUAUCAGCUAAUCCUACUGUAGCUACAUAAUGCCUUUUUAAAAGUAACAAAUAAGUUAAAUUAAUACAGAAGUUAGUUUGAGAGUUAAUCAAUCAGAAUUGUGCAUUGUAGAGUUAACUACUGUUUAACAGUAGUUAACUACUGUUUAACAGUAGUUAAGAUUAAGAGUUUUGUACUGUACAAUCGGCCCCAGUAUGCAUAAAAAAAUUACCAAUGUCGGAAUAACAGUGUGUUUAACUUUGAUCCAACAUUUGUCAGACUCUGCAUGCAAGCGAAAUCGUUAUAUUUCACACUCUCCUCUGAUAACAAUAAGGGUCUUAGCUCGAAUUUUAGAUUUUGGAAGUGUUUCUAAAUUUCCAGGGUUUGUACUUGCCAAUUACGCAGCAUUGCCAAAACGCACAGUUCCGGUAUAUGCUCGCUACAACUGAGACUGUGGUUAUUCUAUGUGUUACAAAGAAAUACAAGGCUACCAUACUGUAUGCUCAUAACACUGAUAUCACAACGAGUUACGUGGCGGAAAUCUCGAUGGGGCGGGGGGGGGGGGGCGACCGUCCCCACCUUCACGGAAAAUUGAUGAAUUUUCGGAAAUUUUGACCUAAAAGAGGGCUAAAAACAGGCUUUUCGAAUGCAAAUGGGGGGUGUCGGAAAUUUUAAAGUUUGUCGGAAAUUUAGGAGGUUUUGCCUUCCCACCAGAAAAAGUGAAUUUCCGCCACUGAACGAGUUAUUUAAGGACAGCCAUCUAGCUAAGACCCUGCUAACAUUUAUUAUAACUACAUUUAUAGGUGAACUUUCCAGUAUAUCCGGCUCUGAAUCUGACUCAGCUGAAGAAGUUCUGACUACAGGAAAUCCUGAAAGUAUUCCCUUGAUGACUCUCAGUAUAUUGCCAGAUGAACGCAAGAUACAUACAGAAGUAGACAGAUCAAAUCCUAAAGUAUAUUUUGUUAAUGAAAGUGGAAUCCAUAUGUCUCUUUUCCGCGAAGUCGUAUACGGGACAAAGGUAAUAGAUGCUGCUUUAUAGAGAAAUCGCGGAAAUUGUACAAUCAGAGGGUGCAAUAAUUCACGUACGUUCACCAAUAUUAUGGUCUAGUACUUUUUUCAAGCAAGUAUCACGUACAGUAGGUAUGCAGUUCUCUCGCUAAUUGCGUACUUUGCUAGCACGGUAUGACGAAGUGGAUUGCGGCUUUAACCUGUGAUGAAACAAUUCUUUUACAGGAAAUGUUAACAUGUGAAGAAAUUGAGUCACGGAUUCAGAAUCUUUCACAAGAAAAAUUCUGGUUGAUAUUAAUGACAGGUGGUGGUCAUUUUGCUGGCGCAGUAUUUUCAGGGUAAGAACAUUUCCUAUGAAAUUUGCAUACAGUGAUUAAGGUGCGAUAAUUCGUGUACUUAAUAUGUACAUGUACCGCCAAUAGUACGGUCUGGUAUUUAUUUAUUUUCAGUAAUUUCGGUAUUUAUUUAAUAUUAACUGUUGCUAUCUGCGUAUAGUCUGUAAUUACUUUUUGCCAGUACCACAUAUAACCUUUCCAAGUAUAAGGUGGUGAAAACCGUAAUUUAGUCUGAGUGUUAAGGCCAUGUUACACGGUGCAAUUUUUCUUGCAACUUGCAAUGCAAUUCUACUUUUGAGAGAUGUUAAUUAGUGAAAUCAGUGAAGAAUUUUCGAUAUGUUGAGAAAACAUCAGCGGAGUGUAAUGAAGACUCGUAUUUGGCAAUUUUACAUCUCUCAAGAGUAGAAUUGUAUUGCAAGUUGCAAGAAAAAUUGCACCGUGUAACAUGGCCUUAAGUCUGACAUGUCUUAGCUUGAAAUAUGAUUGGACUGAUGGGAUUAUCAAGAAUGUUGGAGUCGAUUGUAGUGUCUGUAUAGUGUAUAUGUAUAUACAAUCGUGCUCGUAGUUUGAAUAUGCAAACAAAUUAAAUUCAGGACCGAACAUUUCAACAACACUGGGAGUCAUGAAUUCAUCAGCGAUGAUCUUAUUUACUUGUCGCAACGCAGCUGUUUAUAAAAUCGAGGGAUAAUGUCAUCGGCGAACAAAGUGGAUAUACAAUUUUUGUGGAAGACAGCUUUCGCGUCCUUAUUCAAACGUAUUCCACGCUGCUAAGCAACGCCUUCGACCCUAAUAAUUUUUUGUAAUAACUUGUGAGUUAUCCAUAGCAAUGUUUUGUUUGUUGUAUAUAGGAAUGAUGUAGUAGUUAGUAAAACUUUUCAUCGUUACACAGUGAGAGCUAAACGAGGAACUGCACAAGGAAUCAGGGAUAAUAAACAGGGAGGACAUGCACCAAGGUAUACCAGUCUACUAUCAAGUCUAUUAUAUAUUAAUAUCCAUUUGAAAAUCCAUAGACAUGUUAUUAUUUUUUUGUAUGACGUAAUUAUGCUGUAUACUGUAAAUUUGUACGACUAUGCGUGUGUAUUAGACAGUUUCUCUAAUGAUGAUUUACAUCUAAUGAUAACCAACAAUCGUGAACAAAAAAGGCUAUCAAGUUGAUUGAAUUAAGUUUCCUAAAAUUUCGAUCCAUUUAUUUUUAUAUUAGUUUUGUCCACGAUUGAGGCAUACAGGGUAUCGAAAAUGGCCGUCCAAAAAAUACCUAAACUAUUUGCGUGGUCAAAAAACAUGGCGCUUGAAAUCAGUUUUCAUAUACUCAUAAUUCAGCGUCUUUUUAGUAAACAGUAAACUAAUUAAUAAUUAAUAAUUAAUAGUUAGUAAACUGUUUAAAGCCGGAAAACUUUUUUCUGACCGUCUAUUAAAAAGUGUCCGUCUUAAUUCACAAGUGGCCGUCCGUAUGACUGUGCAUGAGACGGCCGCCUGGCUAACCAGAGUAUUUGCUUGCGAAUAUAGUGAAAAAAUGCUCUGAACUUGCUGCUAGUCCGCCCCAAUGUAAUUCUCAUGUGCAUAUCUCCCAAAGAACUGACAUUAAAAAUUUAACUCAAUUUUUUUUACUUUAAUUUGUAGAUCAGCUGGAGCAAGUUUAAGACGUUAUAAUGAAGCUGCAUUAGUACAGGUUUAGUUACUUGCCGAAUUAUUAGUUUAAAACAUAACAGUCAGUUUAUUUAUUAAGAACUAAAGCACUCUAUUUUCGUGGAUGAUUAAAAUUACACAUGCACAUGUAUAGGUAUCAACCUCGUUCCCAGGGUAUUUCCCUUGGUUUGACGGAGCAGGAUGAAAAUGCCCUGGAAACGAGUUGGGUAUGUGUUUUCCGUUUCAUUUCAAAUUCGAAUGUGAAGUUUUAUUUUUUAUAGGAUAUUCAAAAUAUUUUAGAAUCAUGGAGUGAACAUAUUGAGAAAUGCAGCAAAAUGUUUAUGAGAGUUCCAAAUAAUUAUAAAUGGAUCUUCUUCGCUGGGAAAAAACCUCCAUUUGGAAAAGGUGAAGAUAUUGAUGUUAUUAGUUCUUUCCACGUUCAUUCUCAUUUUGAUCCAAGCUUGUAUAAAAGUCACACUAGCUGGUACACAUUAUCUACGGUUGGAAUCAGUAGCGGAGACUACGAGGAUGCAACCGCCUUGAGUAAUUUAGAGGAUAGCUACUGUAAUAAUUUAAGCGUUAAAGACGUUUUACACUCGUGAUGAUGUCAGUUAUGAUGGAUUGUAGAAACCAAGAUUUGCAGAGCUCCACAAAAGAAUAGUUAUAUAUUGGCAGCCGACUUCGCCCCCAGUAUGUAUUUCGCUACUGGUUGCAUUGGUAGAUUAUUGCUUCUUGUACUUCACACAUUCUAUUAUAAAACUUUUAUAAAUUUAUUUUUAGAUGAUUUUCGUAUAAGAGGUAUCCCUUUCGCAACACGACGUGCAACGUUUAAAGAGUUGGAGAAUGUUCACAGAAAACUGUCCACUGUUAUAAUUGAAGGUAUAAUCAAUUUUCCUUUUACAAAAUAAACUAUGUUAAUGUGAUUGAUCUAUUAAAUAAGAAUGAUUUCUGCAUAUACAGCAACUCUACGACGUAUAGUGUUUCAAUUCUAUUUCAAAACCAUCCUCAGAGAUACGAAAAACUAGUUUCAUAUUAAUCUGACACUGCAAUCGAGCAACGAAGAAUUCGUUGGCUCGAGCGGGAUUUGAACUCGCAUCUUCGGGUAUCAAAUCCCGCUCGAGCCAACGAAUUUUUCGUUCCUCGAUUGCAGUGUCAGAUUAAUAUGAAACUAGUUUUUUCGUAUCUUUGAGGAUGGUUCUGAAAUAGAAUUGAAACACUGCGCGUCCUCUAAGACAAACGUUAGUCGUUACGAAAAUAUUUCGUGCACUUAAAUUGGAUAAGACUCGCUACCAAUCCCUGUUGACUCGAUAGCUUAAUAGGUAGAGCGGCGGUCUAGAUACCCGAAGAUGCGACUUCAAAUCCCGCUCGAGCCAACGAAUUUUUCGUUGCUCGAUUGCAGUGUCAGAUUAAUAUGAAACUACGACGUAUAGCUGCUGUACUUAGCCUGCCUCGCUUUCUGUAGUUGAUACUUUUCACUUACAAUGGUAGAGGAUGUACUGUAUUUCAGAAAUCGGCCGGCGCCUAAUUCCGGAUAUACUGUAAGAGUCCCAAUCCCCAUGAUUAAAAGAUCCAUACUACAGUACUGUAUCUACAGGGUGUAUAAAAAAAUUCUCGAACUCAAAUUUUGUGAACCAGGGGGGGUGUCUUUUCCAACAAACUCUAAAUGGCUUGCGCACGAAAUUUGAAAGCAUUAAUCAUAUUUUGAGUUAAUAGAUGGAAAAUUUGUUGGGUUUUUAAUUACUGUACAAAAUUUCAGACAAAUAACUAUUCAUUUUUCCCUAAAAAAUCAGCCUUUCGCAUGCUUAAUUAAUGCCUUUACUUAAUUUGCAUAAUGCUGACAUAUGCGAAUUAGGCAAAGGCAUUAAUUAAGCAUGUUUGCGCGCAUAGUGAAAGGGCUUAAACUAAAGCAAAUUGUGCGAAAUUUUGGACAGUAAUUACAAACCCAACAAAUGUUCCAUCUAUUAACUCAAAAUAUGAUUAAAGCUUUUAAAUUUCGUGCGCAAGCCAUUUUUAGUUUGUUGGAAAAGACACACCCCCUUUGGUUCACAAAAUUUGAGUUCGAGAAAUUUUUUCAUUAUUCUACAUUACAAGUACCCAAGGAAGCUAUAUACAUCAAAAACUGGAUACUAAUAGCUGUUUCGCGAAAUUGAGAGCAAUUUCAAAUCUGUUCCGUUUUUUUGAUACACCAUUACACCCUGUAUAGUAUAGUAUACUGUAGUAUAGUAUAUCAGCCGCGCUUAGUCUUUUACCCCAAGGGGAUUACUUUUCGAAUAUAUACUUAAUCUCACGUUAUACUGUAGAUUCUGUUUCUUGUAACAAUUAAGUAAAGAUCAGUCAAUUGGUCUUUCAUUUUUGUUUAGAAAAGUAUUUACAACGAACCAAGGAAAUGACAAAUAAAGACAGACUUGAAAAUAAUAAAGAGAAAAUUGCACGCGACAGAAAAGUCACUGAGGACUUAGAAAACUCACGAGAAAUUUCAGUUGAUGAAAUCAGUACGAUAGCACAAGAAACGGACAAUGUGGAGGACCAAAGCCAGUGCCAACUUGAAAAUUCAAAUGAUUCAGUAAAGAAGAAACCUAAGAACGAAAGAAUUUCUAAGAAAGAAAACCAGAAGACAAAAAUGGAACAGAAGAAAAAGGAAGGUAUGAUCAUUUAUUAUAUAGUAGAGAGUGAGAUACUGAAAAAUACACAGUGAGAUAUUUUGCAUAUCUUCACUAGUGAAGAUAUCGAUCACGUGACUUUUUCCAAUUUGCUUUUGAGCGCGAAAUUUCACAAUUUUUUGCUUGGGAAUAUAUAAUAAACAGAACAACAUUACACGGUGGCUUGAAGGUAUGAAUUUUAUAAAAUUCAUAUCUUCGCGCCGCCGUGUAAUAUCCUCUACAUAUAAACCCGAACGGUCUGUGCCAGCGUAGGUUGGUUGGAAAGUUGUUGGGAUAGUUAUUGUAUUUUUCAGAUAAUUCCUCCCAUACCACCAGGGCAAAUCUACGCCAACGAACUGCGCAUCUUUGCGCACAGUAUAUAAAAGGGACUGGUGCAAAACCAGGAAGAGAGAACUACAUCGAAAGGUUAUUUUGUAAAGAGUUGUACCGCUUGUUCCUCUUUCCACCCCAUUUCGACGUUGCUCAAUUUAGGAGAAUCUCGCCAUCUAAGAUACUCAAUAUGUUUUCCUGUAAAAAUACAGUACAAUUUAUGGACUAGGAAUGUGCCAGAUACGGAUACCGGUAAAAUAUAUAGACAUCCUUGAUAGACAUCCAGCAUUUUUCCAGAUAGUACCAGAACUUUUGUUAGAACCACGAAACUGGAAUGUUUUCUUUGUCUUUUUUGUGUGGUAAGAAAUUGUGGAGCAGGAACCAUUACUGGGCAUGCAAAAAAUGUUUUCGUGAUGUAAACUGCUCUCUGCUCGCCUCUAGAUUGUCCGCCGACCCCCCUGCCACAGACAUUCGUGCUUAUUAUACACGCGUAAAAAUUAUGAGCCUGCUGUUGAGCUUGAAUCGGGUGUAACAGUAUUGUUCAAUAUUGACUAUUGUUGACAACUGUGAACAAUGUGGGCAGCACAUUGUUCAAUCCUGUUUACAUCAAUAUUGCAACCUGAUCAUUUUUAUAGAGAUAAAGCACAUAUAUAAUAAAACAAUGGACUAUAUUAUGGAGAUAGAAUAAGUGAAGCAUUGUCCAAGUACCACCGUGCAUGCAGUAGGUACUCUCCGACCGGUAUCCGGUGGACUAUACUAUCCGGUUCCAUCCGGCAUAUCCCUAUAAUGGACCCAUAUCCUGAUGUUAUCGUAGGCCAUAAUCCAUGAAUGAUAAGGUUCAUAUAUGGACUAGGCUAAAACUGUGACAUAUCCCCUUCCUACUGCAUGUUCAAUGCUGUCAGACUAAAUAAAUGUUUACCUUUCAAGGAGAUUAUCUUUAGUUUUCAGUCAGCUCCACGAAUUUUCUCGUCUUACUUGUCAUUGUGGACUACCCGAUCUGGCGCCACAUAAUUAUUAUGUUAUUUUUAAACUUUUACUUUCAGUUAUACCGAAAAUUUGGAUAGAAUUGUACGAAGCAGUCGAUUCUGGGAACGUGGAGAAGACGAGAAAUAUCAUGGAGGAAAUUAAAAAUCAAGAUUCCUUGAAACACGAAUACCACAUUUCAUCCACUGUUCUGGACAGUGUUGAAGAAAGCAGAACUUAUUGUACCUCUGGUGAAAAUAACUCUGAAAUAGAAGGUAGUCAAGGAAUUAACAAUAAAGAAGAUAUAAAGGAUUGUAAGAAAUUGGAAAAAGAUAAUAUAAGAUAUGAAUGUGUACAGGACAUACUUAAUCAGAGUUUUGAAAGUUACGAUGAAACAUUGCUACAUCUAGCCUCGCGCCUGGGACAGGCUGACAUAGUAAAUAUUUUACUUGAAGCUGGAGGAAAUCCAACAAUCAAGUAAGUCGAGGUUGCCUGAAACUACUAUAACUUUCCGUUGUAUGGAAUGUUGUUACGUUCAGAAGAGUUGGGAGAGGAGUAAUAUAACCCAGUCAGGGACUGUGUUGUCUUCCGUAAGAAGCGGCAACGAUUAAAGUUGCUCGUGGUACACAGACCACAAUUAUUUCAAAUUCUAUAUAAGAACAAAUUAACACUUUCACACAUAUAUGUAAGAAUGCCUGAACAGGGCUCCACUGAAAAUUACUUUUGUGACUGGACCCCCUGACUAAAUAUUGUAAUUAUUAUUAAAGGCGACAGGCGUCUUGUUGCACAUGAUUACAGAACACGUGCAAAAAUCCUUUCCAAGAACUACAUACUAUUUAAAGGGGCCCUACAGUAUUUUUUUAGUCGAAAAGCCACCUUAAGUAUUGUUUACAUUGUCGCUACUUGACAUGCGCACCACAGCAUGCAUGCAUCUUCCGGUUUGCUCAUACUCAUGGAUACUGCAUGUAAGAUACAGCCAAACAAAUUAACCCCCUCCCAUUACUUUCGGUUUUAUGCUGUUGGGGCCCGUUACUAUAGGGUGCAAAAAUAUGUUACGAUACUGUUGCAUAUUCUUCUGUCUCUUCAUAUUUACCCAAUUUAAUUAGCUUUCUGUGUUGUCAUGCCUUUCAGUUAUCACACGGUAACUUGUGUCAUGUAUUGCUCACUGUACGUUACCAUAAUUUUGCUUCAGAAGUUCAGAAGGUCGUCUUCCAUAUAACGUUGCCAAAGACAAAGAGACGAGAAAUAUAUUCCGUCGUUUCAUGGCUGCAUAUCCUGAUAAAUAUGAUUACAAUGAAGCUCGGGUAAGCUCUAUUCCUGUUGCACUGUUCAGCUCUUUUACCGUACUAUCACUUUAAAUCUUGAUCUCCGAAAAUCAAAUUUAAUUUUAUGCGUCGGUUGGGUAGUCUGAGUGUAAACCUGGGAAAAUCUUGAAAAUUAAUUGGGGUGACAGAAACGCUAUUUUCUGCACUCUGGGCAGUUGAGACCAGUUAAUGUUUGAGGCUUUUUCUUCCAGAGGCUGGAGGUAAUAUGACUGGAGGGUGGGGCAAUUGCCUACCCAGUUAUAUAGCUAAAAAGGCUAUGAUCCGAUCUUGAGUGGAUUUUUAAUAAACAGCUUAGAAAAUCAUCCAAAUAUUCUAUACAUUUUGUUAAAGAUUCCCAGCGCACUGACGACGGAAAUGGAAGAGAAAGAACGUCAAAAAGCAGCAGAGAAAAAGAAAGCUCAAUCCAAAGCAAGAAAACAACGAGUGAAGGAAAAGAAAGCAGAGGAGAGGCAGAAGGAGGAAGAAAAACUGAGAAAAGAAAAAGAAGAAAAUGAAAAGAAAUGGUUUCAAAAUUUAAGUGAUAGAGAAAAGGCAAUUAUUACAUUUAAUAUUUUCAUAGAGUAUACGCAUGCGCAGGGCUUUCAAGACAAGCCGAGGUCGAUGGAGCUCUGGCGUGUGUUUACUGCUGACUACUUUCUUUAAAUUAUACAGUGCAUCCAUUUCGCUUUUCAGCGGUUGCACGUUUGUGCAAAAAUAAAAUAUAAUAGAAAUAUAAAAUACGCCAGAUUUUGGUAUCUCUUGUAGCCACAGUUUGCAGUAUUUGGCUACAUAAAAACGCAAUAUAUGCUGUAGUUUGAUAGGCGGUACCUUAGCUUUUACUCAAAUUUCGCCUUGAAUUUCUCUUUAUUGUAAAUACAUGCAUGCAAGCCCAUUUGAAAACACACUUUUUGGUCAUUUAUACGCCGGUAAUAAACGCUUUCUCGUUUAUUAUAUAAUAUUACCUAGUAUAUUAAAUUCAAGGUUUGGACUGUUUAUAAAUUAUCGAUAUGGACCAAAGCACCAGCCCCUACUGUUAUUUGUGUAUAUAUAAUUAAAAAUAAAGUCACUUCAGACCAACACAAGCAUUUUACUAACACCGUAGACUGAUGCAACUCUUCGUAUCAUUUUAGAGAGCAGUGGCAGCCGAGCGAAGAUUAGGGUAAGUUGAGUAAGAUGUUUCAUAUUAUUAUUUGAGGAUAUUAUUUAUUAUGUAUCGAGGAGUUAUUCAGGAAAACAUUAUCCCCUCAAGUGCGAUCAAAUUCACGCUUCAAAAUGUUUCAAAUUUUAACUCACGUGCUGCACUCGUAUAUCCCGAUAAUCUGCAUGGGAUUCCCGGAACUUUGAGCCGUUCAGAGCCAUUAUUUCUUUGAGGAUCUUCGACGACCGUGUGAACCGCAGAAUAAAUGUGAACCAUGUACAUUUAUCUGAUUGGUUCAUUGUUAUCACGGGAUCAAUUUUGUACUUCUUCAAAAGCUUGUGUGCAUGCAUUUCCGUUCUACAUCUGCUGAGGAAGGUCUUGGCAAUAUUAGAGCUUUCUUAACUUUUUCACUUUCAAAUCAAGCCAGCUUAUUCAAUCACAUAUUCUUAUAGUGGUUUACUGUGUUAAUUUUCAUAUUUUUUCGUAUAGCAAUAUCUGCUUCAACUGCAGUCGAAGUUUACAAGGAUUGGUUCCAUUUGAAAGACUAUCAAAUAAAUAUUGUAGCACAGAAUGUGUGCAGAAACAUCGCCAAAUUAUGCAAACUGCUGUGAAAUAAUGCAAUAAAAUAUUUUUGUUCUAGCUGUACCGGUCUUUUAAUGUCUAAAGGUCGUUUCUGGGUUGAUGGUGUUUACAUAUUUCAAUGUUCAAUGUAAUCCUGAAACUUAGAUCAACCCCAGUUUUAUUUAUUUAUUUAUCCUAUGUACGUUGUCUUCAGGCAUACACGACCGGAUUUUUGGUGGGUAUAGUGGGGGAGAUACAAAAAAUAUAGGGUGGAGGUGCAACUUAACACGACGACGGAAAUUUUCAUUUUGAUCUAUCAUUUGACCUUUCCCAAGAGGAGGUGCAAAACAAUCUCAGGAGAAGUGCGCAGCUCCCCACACCCCCUCAAAAUCCGGUCAUGUCUUCAGGUACCCCGACAAUUCCACUUCCAGACGAUGCUCAGACAAACGCACGUCAAUAAACCGUUGCACUCUUCAGCAGUACAUCAAUCUUCACGUUCUCUUGAAUCAGUAUGGUUAACACACUCAGCCUCAGAUAACUUUGAACUUGUUUUAAAAUGACACGAGAGAAUGCAAUAAUGGUCUAUUGUGGACACAAGUACUCUCAUUCUCAGUUAAAUGUUCGUUCAUGUUCUUUAACAGUUCAGCAAUAUCCGUAUCAGACAUUCGUGAUGGAAGACUCCGGGAUAUACGUGCAACUUCAUCCU